CACUUACUCGACGAAGAAUAAUUCUAGCGGGGGUAGACAGGUGCGUAUCGACCGAGCAAAAACAUUUUCAUAUUGUCAAUUAAUAUAUUUUUGGAACUAUCGGAGGUAUAGUAAAUUCAUUAGUAUAACGUUUAAAUUAUUCUAAGAUCGUGUGUUUCUUCUUUUAUUUGAGGAUCAUCAGGUUUCAUCUUUGUACGGUGAACCACGAAUUAGUUGCAGUGUAUAAAAUUCAAGUGCGUAUUCUCUAGCCCGCUUUAUAUUAUUCUCUCUUGAGAAUUGAAUUUUCAAUAUGAGGGAUAGAAAUCAUAACAAAUGUUCAAUCCUGAGAAAAUUUGAUGACCGUAUUUUCUACAUGAGGCAUAAAGACUUCAUCCUUCAUUCAUACAAAAGGAAAUGGAAAUAUCACCUGGAUUGUUGGAAGUUAUGGAUAUUGUCGAUGAGAAGGAUGUAAUUGAAUUAAUCAAACAUGCUGUUGCAGAAGAGAUUAUAUUUAAGCCUGAUUCCACUGAUGAUUCUGAGACGGAAAUAGAAGAAAUUAUAGAAAUAAUUGAAGAAAUAGAUGAAUCGAAAGACUUAUUACCAGAUUAUUCUAAAACUGAAGAUUUAGUUAAGGAAAUUAAAAUAUCUGAUAAUACAAAUUUUGAAGAGAAUUUACAGAAUCAACAAUGUGAUAGAAAUUCUGGGAUAGAGGAGGUAUAUAUAUCCGACGAAGAAAAUGUUAUGUUUAAAAUAGAAAAUGAUAAAGUUCCUAAAUCUUUGUAUAAUGAGCAACAAAAAUCUAAUAAUAAAGUUAUAACAUAUGAUGCGGACGAAGAUUGGCAAGAUGAAGACGUUGAACAUUUAGAAGAAAUAGAUGAAGUAAUGAAUCAUGAGUCAGAUUCACAUACAGAAUCAUCACAAAAUUAUAACUUUUUACAUGAAAGUGAAAGAUCUGGAGGAAACCAAGGAAAAAAUUUUCCUUUACAAAGUCAUAAAACAGAUAUUAGAAAUAUUAUAGAAUCCACUACAAAGGUAGAUAAAUCUCAAUUGAAUAAAGGUUAUGGUAAUGAUAUGCAUAAUAUCAAAAAUAUUGAUAACAAUUUCACCCAUGAAGUUAUUAAAAAUACUGAAAAUAAUUUGAUAUAUACUGUACUUGGUUCAAGAAAACCAACGAAACAGUUGGAAGAAAAAAAAUAUACCGACGCGCAUUACAUAAAAAUGGAACAGUUAAGUGAAAAUACAAUUCCAGUUGAAGGAACAAUUUAUUAUGAAGGUGAAAAUAUGGAAACGUUAUAUGUUGCUCAAGCAGUCAAUGAACAUGAACAAUAUCAGUAUGAUGCAGUUCCAAUUGAGCAAAAUGAACAAACAUGGGAUACAGCAAAUGAAGAUAGAAAUUCUGAGAAUGAUGUUAAUCAAUACCAAGAAGAAGAAAAUUCUCAGGAUCAAAUCUUUUUACAUGAGGACGAAGAUGGUCAGUUAUAUUUUAAAGAUGAUCAUGGAGAAUUGCAACCAGUUUAUUUAACAGAGGAUGGAAAUUAUGCUAUUGCUGAUAACAGUGAUGAUCAAGAUAGUAAAGAAUCACACAAUCAAAUGCAACAAAAUAAUAGAAUCUCUGAAGAAGCAUCUAUGGAUUUAACAGAAUCUAAAGCUAUUAUUCCAAAGAAUAAACAGAAUACUGUUUCUUCAUCUUCUACAAUUCAAGAUCUUGAUAAUGAAGAUAAUACAGUAACAAUUUCUUUAAUAAUUUCGGAAGAUGAACAUGGACAAAAAAGGACACAAGUUAUAAUACCUACAACAGAUAAUAUGAAAUGUGAUAUUUGCAAUAAAAGUUUUAAAACAUCGUUUCAACUUUUAAGACAUAAUAGAUUAAAGCAUGCUCGAGAAGAAGAUAUUACAACAAGAAAUUUUCCUUGUGAUUUAUGUCCUAAGAGGUAUCCAGAUCAAAAUUCUUUGGCACGUCAUAGAAAGACUCAUACUGGUGAUCGACCAUUUCAAUGUCUUGAAUGUCAUAAAACUUUCCCUACUUCUACUGCAUUACGUCGGCAUUUAACUCUGCACAAUUCACAAUCUCGGCCACUUCCUUGUAUUUAUUGUGGUCGUCGUUUUGUAGAGAAAGCUAGCUUAAUGAAACAUGAACAGUCACAUCUACCCAAUGAUCAAAGAACACAUACAUGUGACGUGUGUCAGAAAACGUUUUUACAUGCGACAGAUUUAAGUUUACACAAAAAAUAUCAUGAUCCUGAUAAAAAGUUUGACUGUGAAGUAUGCGGUAGAGAAUUUAAUAGACUGAAUAAUUUACAAAGGCAUAUGAUGGUACAUCAACAGCAAGGGGCAAAUGAAGAAAUCUUAUCUUGUGACGUAUGUGGAAUUACGUAUAAAUUUAUGAGCUCCUUGACGAGACAUAUGGUAACAACACAUAUGAAUCCUGAAAAAUUAAGACAACAAGCAGAAGAGCAACGGAGGAAGCGUGAAAAUAAUUAUCGACGUUAUUUGGAAAAUAGAAAAAUGUAUGAAACACAACAUACGGGUGGAUAUAUUUCGAAACGUAAUUAUCAUCAUAACGCACGCAUGCUUAGCGGAAAUAACGAAGAAGUGGCUUGACUUCAAUUUUUAAUAGUACAUUGAACGUAUGAAUGAAGUUUAAAAUUUAUUACUAUUAUUAAAAUAAUUAUGUUUAUUACGCACGAGUAGAGUUAUGAAUAAAUUCAUUCAUUUCUUAUUCAUUUCACAAUCUAAUUCAUACCUCUCAGGCAAUGUAUUAGUAAUAUGAUCAUUAUUGGAAGAUGUA